AUGGCUUUCUUUGAAGCAGACCGAACACACGAGAUCAGGAAAAAUCUCUACACCACAAUCUAUGAAGAUGAUCGCGAAGGUCAUACCAACUCAUUUUGGGCAUUCGAGUGUCGACAGAUGUUUCCAGAGAGGCAAGGAUUCUUCGUCGGCCAGGAAAUCUAUCCGGAUUAUUCAAAUCUGAAAAUUGACAGGGUUGUGUCGGAAUUGACGCCUCAUGGUCGGCUGCGCAAAGUGGUGACAGGGGAGGACAAGAAGCUAGGGGUUGGCCCAGCAGACAUCGCACAAGCGGAAAAUGAUGUCGAGACAAAAGCAUUGCUGGCUAUGAACAAAGAUCGCACCAACGCUGUUUACUGUCAAACUACCAGAGCAACGACGUUCCGAACCUGGAUUAUCCGAAAGCCGACAUGUCGACUCGAACCACUCUUCGGUGCUGAUACACGAGGGGACCCUCACCAGUACAUUGACAUUUGUACAUCCUUUGGACAAUACCAAUGGCACAGACUCGGAAGUCUUGUCAAAAACGAGCCAGAGCUUGAUCUAAGCCAUUUCGAGUUCCAGUUCGAUCUGAAGGCGAAUUUCGAGUGGGACCGGAAGCAUGAAAAGAUGCAAUUGGCGUUGGAAGAGAAGCACUCGGAAGACAUGGCAGCUCUACUUCUGCAACAAGAGGAAUUCAAUGCGGCAUCUAUCCCACAAGCUGCAGAGGAUCUCGAGCUGCCAUCGGCGAUGCAGGCUGAUAAUGAAGGUUUCGAGGAGGAAACCAGCGAAAUGUCCGAAACGCCAACUUUUGGACAAGAACAAGCCGAUGACAGCUACCAUGGUCAAAGCUCCCAGACUCAAGCUCAAGCCUCAAGCAGUCUCACGAUUUACAACGAGGUCCAACUUUCCGUCGAAAGGGGAAAGAAAGGGACUUACAUCGUUUUCAAUCACGAAGGAAGGUCGUUCAGAACGAAAAGGGAUCAGUGGACGAGUGCUCGCGACGAAAGCAACCGACAGUGUUACCAAUGGUACAGUAACAGUUUCAAGCUAUUCUUCAGAGCUUAUCAGUGGCCAUGA